AUGAGUUCGAGUAGGAGUGUACUUUAUCUGGAUGAGUUUUUACUGCUGGACACCCCUUAUGUGUCCGAGGUACUUCUGGAUCCUCGGGAGUUCUAUGAGUUGGACGACAUCUACUCUCCUACAGAAUUAAAUGGUAAUGACCUGCUCCGGGAAAUCACAGUUGAUGCCAUCGGAGCUCUGUCUCCAUGGCCUAGGGAGAUCAAAAGACAACCAGAGGAUGGCGAUAUAUACAAGCCCAAGAAAGUUAGGGGAGCCGGAAAAUUGAGGGAGGGAUAUUGUGGGAUGUGCAACUUGUGGCUCAAAUUAAAAACAAGUAGUUAUUGGUAUCAUAUGAACUAUAAGCAUGGAAUAAGCUCAAAAGGGUCGAGGUAUCCCGAGCCUCAGGUAAGACAUGUUGGAAACAGAACAGAAGGAUUCUGUACGAUUUGCAGUAAAUGGAUAGUGUUAGGCCAUAAAGCAAGUGGAAGGUCUACAAGAUUUGGCUGGUUCAAGCAUUGCCAAAAAAGCCACGGCUCAAGUAAAACAAUUUAA